AACAUGUAUAGUGAUGUCAUCCAUUAUGAUUACUGAGGUCACAAUGGUUAAAUUUGUACUUUCGUUUUGAAAUUCAACGAAGGAAGAGCGUUGGUUUUGCUUAUAUAAUUCCUGGAUAUUAUGGAGAUUGGAAUACUGAUGAAAGUCCUUUAUUUAUGGAUAUACCGGAGGAUCGUUAGAAAUAGUUUGUAAAUUUCAAGGCAUUGAAAAUUGAUUUCAAAAUGGCUGUUGGAUUAUAUCCGAAAGGUCGAACACGGUUUGCGAAAUUAGGCAUGGUGAUCAAUGAUGAAAUGACACAGACAUUCCGAGAUUUGUUGCAAGGACAGGUUCGUCCAAAUCAGAUUUUCACCAAAGCCAAAGCAUCCAAAGCCUUUUUCAACAGAUUAAGCAAGGAUCAAAUUGUUUCCUUACAUGAUGCCCAAACGAAAGGGUCUUACGAAGACCUAGACAUCACAUUGAUGUACACCCUAUUAAGAAAUAUCUGUCCAAAUAUUCCACCGCCAGCGAAAGGGUGGGGGAUUGCGGAAUUUCCGGAUGUCGGGGAAGUAGGAAUUAGUGAUGAUAUAGAAAGAAUAAGAUUGAUCCGGAACAAGGUGUACGGGCAUGCCAGCUCUGCUUCUGUUUCUCAGACAGUGUUCAAUGAAUACUGGGGUAUGAUUUCUGACAUAUGCCACAGGUUUCAGGCUCAUCAAGGUGGGUCGUAUGUCGAUAAUCUGCAGACUCUACUGGAGACAACCAUUGAUGAGGAACAGGAACAACAGUAUAUAGAAAAAAUGAAGGCUGACUGCGAAAAAGACAAGUCCAUCCUGGAAAAAGUAUCGUCCAUAGAAUCAACUGUGAAGACUUUAGCCUCGAGACAAAGACACACGUACAAUAAAAGAACAGGUUGUAGAUCAACAUUGAAAGUACAUGUAAAAGCCAUAUCAAAAUCGAAGAAAGCGAAGAGCACAGUGGGCAGAUCCAUGGAAAUGGCAAAAAGAGCGUUAAAUCAAUUGGUAGAAUUUAUUAACGAAGACGCAGACGAAGAUGAUAUGUGCCGCUUAGAAGACAGUAUCAAAGAAUUUUUGGAAUCUUCAACCGGCAAAAAACACGUUGCCUUUAUCACCCAACUGUUAGAAAACAUAGAAAACAAAAUCAAGCAGAACUCUCAACAUAGAAAGAUCCGAAUGGCAAUUACGAAGCGAUUUCUUUCCCUUGUUCUGUUUUUCCGAACGAAUUACCAAGCUACAUUUGAAGUUGAUCGUGGCAGUCUUUUAUUUACCUUCUAUUUCGAAACUCGUCUUGGAUAUGACAGAUUUUUAGAAGAUAUGAGAAAAGGUGUAAUUCAGCAGGAACUGUCCAACGUUGUUCAGUACGAGCCAUUCUUGUGGAUUUUCAAAUUGAAGAAAGAUGACGUAAUGAUUGAGGUUGAAGAAUACAUUGAAAAUGGAACCGACGACAAGAACAUUGAGAAAGAGAGCAUAUCUGAUGACAUUUGUUUUCAAUGUCCCGGCAUGAUAGAAACUGUCUGUGACGCUUGUGGACGUAGAUUUUGUGCAGAAUGUUGGAAAACUCAUCCCCAUCAUAAAGGAGAAAGCAUUUCUGCAUUGCCAUUCACACAUUGCGAAAUACAUGAAAACGUGGCUUGUAGCAAGUAUUGCAAGGAGUGCGAUACACACGCUUGCGAUUUAUGCGUUUCUGAACGUCACUCGACGCACAAUAUCAUUGACUUUUCAGCAAAGUAUCAGAAACUGAAAACAGAUACUGAAGAACUUAGAAGUGAACUUUUUGAUAUUUAUAAAAAUAUUCAUUCAAACAUGCUACAAAAGCAAAAAGAACUUCCCCAAAAAUAUGAAAUAAUUAAAAACAAAAUUAAGGAUGAGGGACAGAUAUGGCAUGACAGGGUGGACGCAUCAGUAGAUAUGUAUAUUGCUGCAUUACAAAACAUGCAAAACGAACAUCUCAGUACACUGGAACUCGGCAUCGAAAAGAUGGAAGGUACUCUACAGGAAAUAUCCAAGAAGAUUUCACAGAACACAGAUAUCGCAGACUACGCAUUCGAUAUUGAGAGAUUCAGAAUCAUUCCAGAAUGGUCUGAUUUUAAGUUUCCAAUUUUUGAACCAAGCGAUGUUAAGGAGGAGGAUUUCGAGAUUGGAAAUCUAACUCCCGCUGUACGACUAAAUGUUCAAGAAUUACAUCUUUAUCCGGAAACUCUUGCAUUACCAGUUCGAAAUGUCAAACAAUUGAUCGAGAACCCUGUUGCAAGUGAACAUUUAUCGAGUGGUCUGGGUUGCUUGACGAGUGUUGCCUUGGAUUCUGAAGAGAGAGUCUUGGUUAAUGGUUAUCACCACGAUUCACCUUCACAGUUCCAUCUGUCGACCUCAAGCGAACAGCCGUGGAAAGUAGAUAUGUUCCCACCUGAAAUGAUAAUUUUUGACAUGUGUUUCAAGGCUGAAGGUGAACUGGUCUUCAGUGAAAUUCGACGCGGUUCCGUUAAUACCUGGAAAGACGAACAGGUGAAAACGUUGAUUGAAUUUGAGGACUGGACCCCACUCGGAAUUGGCGCUACAAGGAAACAUCUCCUCAUUUGCAUGAUAAACAUUCAUUCGGAACACAAAAAGAUUGUUCGUUAUCCAUGGAGUGGACAUGACAUAAGGCAUGUGGAAUUCGACGGAAAUGGACACCCUCUUUUCAGUAAUGUUAACGAUACGUUAUACAUUGCAGAAAAUAGAAAUCUGGAUCUCUGCGUUUCAGAUUAUGGUGCUGGUAGAGUUGUGGUAUUGGACAAAACCGGGAAGAUAAGGUUCUUUUACGAUUCCAAAGAGUUCGUUUAUUCCGAAACGUUUGGUCCACGAGGCAUCACCACGGAUGACAUGUCCCGUAUAUUGGUUGCCGAUAGUAACGAUUACUGCAUUCACGUCAUCGAUAGAGACGGAACGCCUUUAUCCUUCAUUCGAAACGAUGACAUCCAUGUGCCAUGGACUGUUAAUGUUGCAGGAGACAAAUUAAUCAUAGGGAAUUACAGCGGCGGGGACAUCCUGGUGUUGAAAUACUUGGAAUAAAAAGGCUGAGGAUUUUUUAUGUGUGUGACGAAUGAAGUGCAUGGUGAACUGAUGAUAACUUGUUUAAAUGCUAUAUUGAAGUAGAAAACACAGUAGCAGAUCCAGAAAAUUUCAAAGGGUGGGAGUGGGGUUUGUUUGUUUUGCGGAACAACUUUGUACCUUUUUUCUACCCAGGAAAGGGGGGGGUGUGGAGACCCUGAAAAGUAUGGAUAGUAACGCCACUGAUGUACAACCUCUCUCUAGAUCCACCACUGAUGUACACCCCGUAACCCCUCUCUAGAUCCACCACUGAUAUACAACCCCCGUAACGCCUCCCUAAAUCCGCCACUCAUGUACAACCUCUCUCUAGAUCCAACAUUGAUGUACAACCCCCGUAACGCCUCUCUAGAUCCACCACUGAUGUACAACCUCUCUCUAGAUCCGCCACUGAUGUACACUUCCGUAACCCCUCUCUAGAUCCCCACUGAUAUACAACCCCUGUAACGCCUCCCUAAAUCCGCCACUCAUGUACAACCUCUCUCUAGAUCCAUCAUUGAUGUACAACCCCCGUAACACCUCUCUAGAUCCUCCACUCAUGUACAACUCCAGUAACGCCUCUCUAGAUCCAUCAUUGAUGUACAACCUCUCUCUAGAUCCGCCACUGAUGUACAACCCCCGUAACACCUCUCUAAAUCUUCCACUCAUGUACAACUCCAGUAACGCCUCUCUAGAUAUACCACUCAUGUACAACCCCCUUAACGCCUCUCUAGAUCCACCACUGUAAAAACUCUGUAACCCUUCUCUAGAUCCACCACUGAUGUACAACCCCCGUAACUGCUCUCUAGAUCCACCACUGAUGUACAACCCCCAUAAUGGCUCUAUGGAAAUGAUCCAUUUCAUACAGGACAAACAGAUCAUGUUGUUUAGACAUAUUUUGAUGCAAAACAAAGCAAUAAAAUACAUAUUCCUUCCAGAAGAAUCACAUAUGACAUGGUCAGUAGUGUCUGUUAACUCAGACUCCGGCUCAGUAACAAAGAGCGACAACACUUACUACACAUUAAAUCUUCCAGAGGUCUGUAGCUCAUCAGGUUCCUUGAGACAAAACUUAGUACACACAUUAAAUGUUAGAGGUUUGUAGCUCAUCAGGUUCCUUGAGACAACACCUUUCCACAGGGCUGUAAAAAAAAAGAUUUCAUUGCUCAGCUAAGUACAUAUUGCGAGUUUGUAAACAUCUACAAACCACUACUCCCUUAAAUGUUGCACGUUCUUAGAAUUCAUGCUAUGGAUCAAGGAAGAAUAACACACCAGAAAAAUUUAAAAUGGAUGAAAAGUGGAGGGUGAAUACAAUUAAAAUUUUGAAAUUGAAACUCUCCAAUUUAGUUUUAGUAGAAAAUAACCUGAAAAUAAAUUGAAACCCCUGCUGGACUCGAACCCAUGAUCUAAAGUUCAGCAGCCCAUGAUCUACAGUUCAACAUUGAACACAUUAAUCAACUGAGCUACCCAAUUAGGUAGUUAGAUUUAAAAGGAAUAAACAAGUAUUACUGAUACAUGAAAUUAUAUUUUUAUUCAUGUUUUAAAAGGAAGUCAGCCAUUAUGAUGAUGGAGUACACCUCCUUAAUAUUGUUACAUCGAAUACUACAUAACACACUGUAUACAAAUUCCAUUGUGUGUAUCUAUACACAAACAUGUAGAUGAACCUAUUACAGAACAAAUUACUAUUACUGUGCUCUGACAGAAAUAAAUGAAGUUACAUUUCC